AUGACUCGUAUUUCACUCCUCGCCAACCUCCUGGCCUUUGCCGCGACUGCCUGCGCACAAUGCGGCGCUGGCAACCCGGGAGCGACUGUUGACGGGAGCAGCGGAAAUUACGUGGCCACCGCCAACGGCGGCCAGGUUUAUGCUGGCUCCGACUACCGCCUGGCCAUCCAGACUGCCAUCGACUCCGUCUCUGCGGGGCAGCGCGUGUCAGUCCUUGCCUCAGGUGGCAUUGGCGCGAGCAGCAUCGACAUUCCCAGCGGCAAGACCUUUGAGGUCUGUGGGACGCUUGAUGUCGGCUUCAACAAUGCCCGUGGAGCCAUUCGCUCUCUAGGCACGUCCGAUGUCUCGAUUCCCUAUCUCACCAUGACGGGCAACCCGUAUUUCGGCAUGCAGUUCUACGGCACGAGCAACCUGCAUCUCGGCGAAAUCGUCUUGAACCUAAGCGGCGGCAUUGGCAUCCGCUUUGACCGUGACGCUGCGUCCAACUCGGACGUGAGCAUGGACAGCAUCCGCGUCACUGGCGCCGGCAGCCAUGCCGUGGAGACAUUCAACAUCAACGGUCUUACCAUUGGCGAAGUCAUCGCCACCGACUGCGGCGAGUCUGGCCUUCUCAUCCAGACCUCGACGGAUGUGCAGGUCGGCUACGUCGAGGGCAACAACGUCGGUGCUGGUACCGGCUACGCUACACUCCGCUUCGCCAACAACAACGGCCAGCUGCCCGACGGCAGCUACGACACCAACGUCUACGUGGACCGUGUCGUCUCGCGCGGUGGCGGUCGCGGUGUCUUCUGCGUGUCCCAGUCCGGCGGCGCGGAGAUUGGAACCGUCGAUCUGGCUGACAAUGGCAACAAUGCCAUCCUCAUCGAGAACUGCUACAACCUGUCUAUCCUUGGCGGGACUGUGUCCGGCGGCGGAGAGGUUCGUCUCUCGGCACGCGACGAGUUCCCCAACACCAGGGACAUUUCCAUCACACUGAGGGUGGACGGCACAACAGUUCGGGAGAGCCCACAGUCACUGGCGCCGGAGUCUUGUUUCAAGCCGAGCCGAGCUGCGGCGCCGCCGUUCCCGUUGGAACUCCACCAUGGUCAACGCCGGACCGGACCGCUGCCGCACAUGCAAACGUACUUCGACAAUUUCAAGGCAUUCCCGGUCACCGACAAUCUCAAGGUCCAGGACGUGUGGGACAAGCGAUUCACGGCCGGCAUGGCGAACUUCGAGGAAGGCAUCGCCAGCCACUGGAGCUGGGGCCGCAUUGUCCUCGCCGGAGACGCGGCGGCUAGCAGCAGGAAUGCACAUACAUAG